AACGCGUUAGAGCUGUAUGAAGCUCGUUGUCAAGAUGCGUACAAUUUAAAAUGUAUAACGUUUAAAAUAUGUUAGUCUUUUACCACUAGACUUAAAUUGAAGACUAUUUGAAAGUAUACCGCUGCAGUAACUACCUGAAAAUGAGUUUCGAAGCAAAGCGAUGUGGAGUGCAGUUCAGUCCUCCCUCCAUAGUUUUAAUGUAUCAACACAAGGAAACUAAAGAUGUGCGAAAAAGAAUAAUACCUGUGCGCAACUUCUCAAAAUAUUCUGAUUGUAGCAUGGCUGCAGAGGGUCUGAAAAACCACCCUCGGCACAGAGACUACCUGGAGGGUGUAUCCCAGAGCCAGCUGGAGAAGCUUCACAUCAUCCUGCGAGAUCACAUGCAAGGCCUCAGCUUGGAGCACAGCCUGGCCUCGUUCCGACUGGACCCCGAUGAAGACCUUAACCAACUGGAUGACGAUAAGCUGGCUCGCAAGAAGGGCAAAAUGGACGAACUGUUCGAGAAGAACCGGAAACACAAGGAUGAUCCAGACUUUGUUUACGACCUCGAAAUGGAUUUCACCAAGACCACCCAAGAAAAGUGCAGCUGGGAUGAAGAGUCUAAUGAUGGAUUUUAAAACUCUGUUCUCAAAUACUUUCUUUGACCUUUAAGACUGCAAAUCACCCAACAAACUGAUACUCUAUUUAAAAGAAAAUCUGAGACAGCUGACGUUUACAACUACCAUCUAAAGUCAUACACAGUAGUAACAUGGGGAACUCCAAAGGAAAUAUCUUCUUUUAUACACUGAAGUAUAUACCUGCAUUGCUAUUUUGGAGGUAUACAUAUAUAAAACUAAUGCUACAGAUCUGCAAUAAAUUCUACCUUCAUUAGAAAUAUAAUAAUACAUCAGUCUUUAGUGCUUAUGAGUUUUCAAAGAUGCUUAUAUACAUUUGGAUAAAAUGAAAUAAAACAAUAAAAUAAAGUGGUUUUAAAUAAAAAAACAUUACAUUUAGGCAGUUACAGGUAUAGUGCUUGUCAUUGGCCCAACCUGUUAACAUCAGUGAGGGUAGAGUAAAUAUAAUUCAGA